AUCGGAAGCUCCCCUCUCCACAGCUUGCAGUCGUGAGUCCUUAAUUGGUACGUGGUGUGACUAGCGCGCGGCUCAUAGAUGAGGCCAUGUUGGCAAGCAUCCAUGGAAGAGCGCUCGCUCGAGGUUGUGUGCGCGGCCCGUCGCACUCAAGACCUUGAUGGUCAUCGAUCGAGAGACUCAUCUCCAUCGGCUCCACACCACGAUCACGCUUCCCACACAAGAGCAUUCAGCACCGCCUCGAGCGACCACAACAGGCGUACGCAUUCACGAUGGUGCUCACACCACCCCAUCCAGCGUUGGACAUCAACGAAGUGGCCAUCCCAGCCCUCGCCAACUUUUGGUCCUCCUUCACAGCGCACUUUCCCUCUGCGCUCUCCUUCUUCUCUCCCGCCGUCCAGUCGAAAUGGUACGCUACGGCAGAUCCGCUGCACUCGGCCGUGGUCAUCUGCGCGGCCUUUAGCACCUACUGCUACGUCAUGCAGGAGAUCACUGGCAACGCCAGUCAGGUGGACGGUCUGUGGACCUUUUUGCCAGUGAUCUACACUUUCCACUUUACAUUUCAACGUGCCAUCGGCCACUGGCUCCAACCUCCAUCGCCGGUCACCAGCUUUUUCCAAAAGUCCGCAGCGUCAGUCUCGGCAUUCGAUCUGAUCGAGCCCCGCUUGUUGUUAAUCUUCGGUUUGCAAGUGCUCUGGUCAGCUCGUCUCACCUUCAAUGCCAUUCGCAGAGGAAUGUUCAAGAAGGGAGAGGAGGACUAUAGGUGGCCCUUGCUGAGGGCGAGCAUGUCUCGCGUCGCUUGGGAGAUCUUCACCCUGACAUUCAUCGCCAUCGCUCAAAACAUCUUGCUGGCCUUGACCGCCGCUCCCUCUUACCUCAUCCUCACCGCUACCAGCGGCAAAUUCAAGAACAGCCCUCUGCCAAAUCCUCCUUCCUCGCUCGGUGUAGGCGAUUGGGCCAUCGCCGCUCUCCUCGUUCUGAACCUAGUCAUUCAGUUCUUUGCGGACCAGCAGCAGUGGGAGUAUCAAAACUUCAAGCGGGGCAAGGACAAGUACGGCAAGUCGCUCAAUGCUAGCAAAGACGGACAGUCCAGUCUGGUAAAGCCAAGCGCAAGCAAAGGUCCUCUUGCACAGGAUGGCACCGUAUCCGCAGCAAAGGGCAUCACGAGUGGCCCUUACACACCCCAAGAUGCUCAAAGAGGUUUCGUCACAAAGGGUCUCUGGGCCUUCUCCAGACAUCCCAACUUUGCCUGCGAACAGACGACAUGGUGGAUUCUUUACCUCUACGUUCCCCUCACAUUCCUGCCUUCGUCUCCUGCCACGAGCGUGUUGCGCUACACUGCAACGUACGCUCUGAUCUCUCCUCUUCUGAUGAACAUUCUCUUUUUCGCUUCCACCAUCUAUUCGGAGAGCGUGUCCGCCGGCAAGUAUCCUGCGUAUGCCGACUACCAAAAGCGGGUAGGCAUGUUCUUGCCCUUGGACACGGCCGCCCGGAGCAUUUAUUUCGCUUUCAUCGCGGGCGGCGAGACGAAGAAGGUAGUGGAGGAGAAUGUGUGGGGCACGCCUACCAAGGAUGCCGUCAAGAAGCAGUAAGAGGUGUUGAAUGUGGGGUUCGCGAGUGCUCCUUGGCCCUCGACUUUGCCCAGUCAUCUCGUCUCACGCAACCCCACCGGCAUAUCGGGCCCAUCUCUACUGCGCUGGAAGAUCCGCCAAGGUCGAUCAUCUGGAGCGCUGAUUGCGGGGCAUCCACCGCUCGGAUGGGCGUGGUACAACAACGCGGUUCGGCAUCCGAAAACCUUAUAUCCAUGAGGGCAUAUUACACAUGUACUCAGUCUGUUAUCGGCGCGUUCUUGAAACAUCUAAUCAAGUGGAAUGUCAAAUUGAAUCAAAAAGUCAUGUAACG